AUGGAAAAAAAUUUUGAAAAUCACGUUUAUUCGAUAAAUUUUAACGCGUUGAGAAAACUCGGUUUGUGGAAUUGGGAAACGAAAAAUAAUUAUAAAAAAAAAUUAUUUUUAUUUUAUCGUUGUUUUGCUUUUUUAUUCAGCGUAACGGCUUUAAUGGCCGCCAUUAUACAAUUAUACAUAUCGAGACACGAUUUUCGUAAAGUUUCAUUUAAUCUUUGCACUACUUUACUCUCUUCCGGUAUAUUAUUAAAAAAUUUUUAUUUGGGAUUACGAAGCGUGGAAAUAGACGGAUUGAGACACGAUUUAUACGAGGACGAAAUGAAACAAAACGAUUACGAAGAAAUUAAAAUAAUAAAAAAUUAUCAAAUUAAAUUUAUAAUUUUUAGAAAAUUUUUUUACACAUCAGCAUUUGGUUUUUUAUCAAUUUGGCUCAUCGUAUCAUUAUUAACUUUAAAAUGGGGACCGAGAGAACUUCCAUUUUCAAUUUGGCUUCCUCUCAACAUAGAAAAUAAUAAGGAAUUUUUUAUUGCUUUUAUCGUGCAUGCGAUAAGAGGAUCAUACGUCGUGGCAGACGCCAUAAAUUCCGAAUUGAGCAUGUUUGGAUUAUUGUUACAAAUAAAAACGCAAUAUAAAAUAUUAGUUAAUAAAUUAUAUAAAUUAAGUCGAGAUUAUUCGAAAUUUUGGAUCCGUGAAAAAAUAAAUAAAUAUAAAAGGAUAUUAAUUGAAAACGAAUAUAGGAGCGAGUUGAAAAUAUGCAUCAAAAGACAAUUGGAAUUGGACGAUUACCUUCGUAAAUUGGAAAUUUUUUAUCACAAACCCAUGCUUUUACAAUUAGGAAUUUGUUUAUCAUUGGCUGUUGUGAGCGGAGUAAAAGUUUUGGGCUCGAGUUUUAAUUUAAAAUGGUUUUACAUGAUCGGAUACACACUAAUGGUCACAUUUGAUCUUUUUGUUCUUUGUUUCAUGGUCGAUUUUUUAUUCGAAGAGAGAAAAAAAUUAGCUCAUGCUUUUUACGACGUUCAUUGGUACGAAAUGGAAUGUUACACGCAAAAAGAUCUUAUUAUAAUAAUUAAAAAUGCAAGAAUUGAAAAAUCAUUAACCGCUUGGAAAAUAUUUACGUUGGAUUUGAAAACUUUUUUAGGAGUAUUAAAAGCUUUGGGAAGUUGGUUGGCUUUAUUCUGGCAAAUAAUGAGAGAAAAAAAUAACAAUUAG